UGAUGGUGUCACCUUAAAAUGUUUCCUGAGUGAAGCUAAACGAGGCUGUCCUCCACAGGCUGAGUAUCAGUCCCCAUCAGAGGCUAAAGCUUUGAGUUCAUUCAUGCCUUCAGGCUCCAUUUCCACACCGGUUCGUUUCCUUCUCGGUUUAAAAUGGGAGUAGUCCUCCGGAACCUUCAGAGGGUGGUUCCUCUGCGGCGCGCCAGGCUGCGCAGGGACGUGGACACCCUGAGACACAUCCUGGGCAUCCACAAGUUCGACCUGGGGAUCAUCUGCGUGGAUAACCGCAGGAUCCAACAGAUAAACAGCAUUUACCGAAAGAAGAACACCCCAACAGAUGUCCUGUCCUUCCCAUUCUAUGAGUCUGUGUAUUUCCAGGACCUGCGGCCCGGAAAGCUGCCUUGCCCCCUUCACAGAGAUGAGCUGAACCUUGGAGACAUCUUCCUGGGGGUGGAGUUUGUGAUGAAGCAGUGCCAGGAGGAAUCUGUAGAUCUUCAUGCUGCUCUCACUGCCGUCACGGCUCACGGCAUCUGUCACCUGCUGGGCUACAGGCAUGAGACAGAAGAGGAAUGGACCGAGAUGCUGCAGAGGGAACAAUACAUCCUGAGCGAGUUCAGCAGACUCACCGGCCGACACACGGAGCCGCUCAUGAAGAGAUGCGGCCCGGACACAUGACGGCAGCCUGCGAGGGCCAAAAGAUCAACACUGCACCAAUUGUUUUGCAC